UGUUCCGACUAUUUCUGUUCGCAUUCCGUUCUGAAAGCUUGGGAUCAGAGGAGCUUUCAGCUAGGUUGCAACUCAUACGUGCUGCCACAGAAUGACCUUAAAGAAGUUUUUCGGGCUUUUUGCUUUCCUGGUGAUUUCUGGCCAGCUGUGUCUUUCAAGCGAUGUUUUUCAAGCAGGAAAGGUCAACAUAACUGAUACCUCCAAGAAUAAUCAUGGUUGCCAGUCCAUCUCCUUCAAAACGCAGUUCCAGGGCUCAGGUGACGUGAAAGUCUUUGUUUCUCUAAGCCAUGGUAACAAGCAUAUAAAAAUCCACGAUCCAGCAGCUCUAUGGGUAAAAUCGAUCUCUACAUCAGGAUUUAAGGCUUGCGUUCGUGAGGCAGGCAAUGGUUCGGCAGGUAUGUCUGUUAUCAACUGGCUCGCAUUCCAAGGGUCCCAUCAAGGAAUCAAGUCUGGCAUCGUGGACUUCGACGAAUGGACUACAAGGACACAGUGCAAACGAGUAUCGAUCAUUGAUAACCAAAGUAAUGGUUUUAAGAACAAGCCACAAUUGUUUAUUUCUGUUCAGCAUAAGCACACAGACAGGCCGUAUGACUCCAUGAAUCUUUGGCUGGAAGGUGUCAAUAAAAAGGAGUUUUACGUCUGUAUGAGAGAAUUCAUGGCGUUUGAUGGCAUUCAUUCGGACCUCAAAGUGCAUUGGUUUGCAUAUGACGCGCUACCUUCCAACUGGAACUUCACUGAAGAAGGAAAGAUUCAUUUUGCCGGAGAUGGGGCACCAUUGCGAAAAAAUCACUUUGCUUUUUGCCAGGAUUUUAAGUUUGAAAACCCAUUUUACAAGCCGCCUACAGUCUUGAUAUCUGGAAGUCACGAGAACACCACAAGCACAUCGUGGGGCAACUCAGAAGGUCGCUGUAACAACGCUUUAAGCAUUUGGAUAGAGGAAGUUAGUCGGUCCGCGUUUAAGGUUUGUGUUAAGGACAGCCAGGGACUGAGCAAGACUAAAAAAACAGUAACUGUACAUUAUGCAAUCAUUGGAGACCUUGAUCCGUGCAUCAACGUUACGUGCGAUUACUAUGCUGUCUGCAAGGCAUUCGACACAUUUGACGCCCGUUGUGUGUGCGAAGAAAACUGCCCUUCAUAUGAGGAACAAGUGUGUUCAUCUAACUCGACUACGUUCAAAAACAAGUGCAUGUUUGAGCUGGAAGUAUGCAGACUAAAAAGUAACCACACUCUGUAUCAUCCUGGAAGUUGCACGGGUUUUCCGGUUCAGAGAGGACGAGUUGAGCUGAAGAGAGAUGUUUCCUGGGCUGAAACAGCUUGCGAGUUGGUAACCUUCCCGCCAUUCUCGUUCUAUCCUGACAAGGCAGUGCAUGUGCAGAUCACUACCAAUCACUGGAAUUCCACCAGGAGGAACUUCGUACACGAAGCCACCGUCUCGUGGGUGGAAAAUGUCAAUUACCAGAAUUUCAGGGUUUGUGCGACAGCUGCGGGAAGAAAUGACCGUGGCACAAAAGAAUUUGCGACUGUCGACUGGAUGGCUUACCAAGGUGCUCCAAAUGGAGGUGUGACAGGAAAUACACGUAUUCCAGAAUGGUGGACAGGAACGAAAUGCAUAAGAAUUAGUCUGCCAAGGGAUAAAUUUUCUACUACACCAACUAUUCUGGCGACAGCAGAUCACGUAACGUCAGCUUACAAGCAUGACGCCGCCAGUCUGUGGAUAGAAAAUCCCACCAGUUCUACCUUUUACAUUUGCCUCCGAGAGUUACAAAAUUACGAUGGUCUUCAUGAGGACAUCCUCGUGAACUGGAUGGCUUUUGAAGAAAUUCACCGUCCGCUUUUCGCUGAAAGUAGAAAAAUCUACUUUCCUAACAACAGCCCUGUUUCUGCAAACCACAAUGGUGCGUUCUGCAAGGACAUGCAGUUAGCAAAGUCCUAUGACAAGGAGCCUACGAUAAUAAUCACUGCGAAUCACAAUUCAGGAGGAAAUAAUCUUGAGUCAAAGUACUUAUCUGUUACUGUAUGGAUAGAGCACAAAAAAAAAACAGAAUUCCGUAUUUGUCUCAAGGAGUUGUUCGCUGACCAGCAUGAAAAAAAUACCGUGUCUUACGUAGUUCUAGCGGACGUGUGCAAACCAGGCUGGUCUUACUUUUCCGGCUUUUGCUACUCCACAAGUCAGUCGUGCAAAAACUGGACUGAGGCCCAGAAAACCUGCCAGAUAUACAACUCCAGCCUCAUCACCGUAAAAAAUCAAGAGGAAAAUGUAUAUAUACAGCACCGUCUGAAUGGAGACAAGGGAUGGAUUGGAUUCAAUGACAGAGAGACCGAGGGCACAUUUGUUUGGGCUGGUAACCAAUCAAGCAACUUCACCUACUGGGCUCCACAUCAACCUAACGAUUUCAAAUUGAACGAAGACUGCGUGCACACCUUGGGAGUUAGACAUAAAUUUACAUGGAAUGACGUAAAAUGCAGGAGCUGCCAUAAUUACACAUGUUCUGAUGACCUUGAUGAAUGCAAAGGAAAUAAUCAUGACUGUAGCGAGAAUGGGAUUUGUACAAAUACACAAGGAUCAUACAUCUGCCACUGUGUCAGUGGGUAUAGCGGUGAUGGUCGAAAUUGUGCAGAUAUAGAUGAAUGUUCUUCAGGUCAUGGGUGUCAUAGAAACGCCACGUGUCAGAACACAGUUGGAUCGUAUACAUGUACUUGUGUUAAUGGUUACACUGGAGAUGGAAUCAACUGCAGAGAUGUCGAUGAAUGUACACUCAACAGUCAUAACUGUGAUUCCAACGCAAAAUGCACCAACACUCCAGGAUCAUUUACGUGCCAGUGUGACCAUGCGGCUCAUUAUUAUGGAAACGGAAUAACGUGUUAUCUAUAAAAAAAACUCGCUGACUCAAGAAUUAUAGGCGGAGACACCAAAAAAAUGUCACAAUUACAUUCUUGGCUACAUUCGCGCUUGCAAAGUCAGUCUAACAGUUACUGGAGUCUGUGCUAUAGAGCCUCAAGACAUGGAUGGAGUGGGUCAACAUUUCACAGCUACUGUGAUAACCGUGGACCCACAGUGACGAUCAUUCGUGCUCAUGGUUACAUAUAAAAAAAUUACACUGAUCAGUCCUGGAGACGUAAGUACUAUUCUGGUUAUUACGGACGUUACAUUUCUUCAUCAAAAGCCUUCAUAUUUAAAAAAAAAAACUAUCACGGAUCUGGAUAUUUUAAAAGGGACAUUACCAAUAGUUAUUACGCUACAUAUAGCAAUUACUAUUAUGGUCCGACCUUCGGUUCGGGACAUGAUAUUUAUGUUGCAAACUAUGCAAAUAGAAACUAUAAUUCUGGUUUCACUUGCCGCUCGUACCUCGUUCCAAACUGCAACAAUUAUGUGUGGACAGGAAGAAAUAAUUUCUGUGCCGAUGAGAUUGAAGUUUACCGCGAAUUGACCAGUUAGUGGAGCAAUCGGUAACUAAUAAGGUGACAUUGUUAGCAGGGGACAAAUUCGUAUUCA